UGUCAUAUAUAAACUUUGCACACGUUGAAAUUUCAGUUAUUUUGGCAGUCAACUACUGAGCGUUGCAAAGCCAAAGAAAUAGAGGAGAAAAUAAGUUUCAAAGUUUUGCUUUUGCUGUUAUCAUUGUGUUGAAAUAUAUAACAAAACAAAAUGCGUGAGUGCAUCUCUAUCCACGUGGGUCAGGCUGGAGUUCAGAUUGGGAACGCAUGCUGGGAGCUCUACUGUCUGGAGCAUGGGAUCCAGCCAGAUGGCCAAAUGCCUAGCGAUAAAACCAUCGGAGGAGGAGACGAUUCAUUCAACACCUUCUUCAGUGAGACUGGAGCAGGAAAGCAUGUGCCCCGAGCUGUUUUUGUUGACCUUGAGCCAACUGUUGUAGAUGAGGUGCGCACUGGCACCUACCGUCAGCUGUUUCAUCCUGAGCAGCUCAUCACAGGGAAGGAGGAUGCUGCUAACAACUAUGCCAGAGGCCACUACACCAUUGGUAAAGAAAUCGUCGACCUGGUGCUGGACCGUGUCCGUAAACUGUCUGAUCAGUGUACUGGACUCCAGGGCUUCCUCAUCUUCCACAGCUUUGGUGGUGGGACUGGAUCUGGCUUUGCCUCUUUACUGAUGGAAAGGUUGUCUGUGGAUUAUGGCAAGAAGUCCAAACUUGAGUUUGCCAUUUAUCCUGCUCCCCAGGUUUCUACAGCUGUUGUGGAGCCCUACAACUCCAUCCUAACCACCCACACCACCCUGGAGCACUCAGACUGUGCCUUCAUGGUGGACAAUGAGGCCAUUUAUGACAUCUGCAGACGUAACCUGGACAUUGAGCGCCCCACCUACACCAACCUGAACAGGCUGAUCGGCCAGAUCGUCUCCUCCAUCACCGCAUCUCUUCGCUUCGAUGGUGCCCUGAAUGUGGACCUGACGGAGUUCCAGACCAACCUGGUGCCCUACCCCCGCAUCCACUUCCCCCUGGUCACCUAUGCGCCUGUCAUCUCUGCUGAGAAGGCCUACCAUGAGCAGUUGUCUGUGGCAGAGAUCACCAACGCUUGCUUUGAGCCAGCCAACCAGAUGGUGAAGUGUGACCCUCGUCAUGGCAAGUACAUGGCCUGCUGCAUGCUGUAUCGUGGAGAUGUGGUGCCCAAGGACGUCAACGCCGCCAUCGCCACCAUCAAAACUAAGAGGACCAUCCAGUUUGUGGACUGGUGCCCCACUGGCUUCAAGGUGGGCAUCAACUACCAGCCUCCCACUGUGGUGCCUGGUGGUGACCUGGCCAAGGUGCAGAGGGCCGUAUGCAUGUUGAGCAACACCACUGCCAUUGCCGAGGCCUGGGCCCGUCUGGACCACAAGUUCGACCUGAUGUACGCAAAGCGCGCCUUCGUGCACUGGUACGUGGGAGAGGGCAUGGAGGAGGGAGAGUUCUCUGAGGCCCGUGAGGAUCUGGCUGCGCUGGAGAAGGACUACGAGGAGGUUGGCGUCGAUUCUGUGGAGGGAGAGGCUGAGGAAGGAGAGGAGUAUUAAACACACUUAUCACUCCUGCAAUCAUAUUCUGUCAAUAAAUUUCUUUGAUUUUCA